AUGCUUAUUCAAGCGCACCAAUUCAAAAGAUCAAAUGAAGACCCACAGACGAAAAUCAAAUUCCGCAUAUCAACGUUGACCUCGCAAAAAUUUGAGCUUCAGCUCAAGCCAAAUCGUAGAUCUGCCAGCCACAGCCAGCAAGCAGAUGCAGAUGGAGCAGAUUCAUGUAUUCUGAGCACGGAACGACACCGUUCCUUUAUGGGCUUGCUGUUGGGCUCUAAGGUUUGGGCUGGAAGAGUGCAUGUGGCUCAGUGGCCUUUUAGUUUGGGCCUGUUGUCUGCACUAUGCAUCUCUACUAGUGAAGUUCAAGUAUCCCUUUCAGAAAUCAAUCGAGGCUUUUUGAGUGAUAUGUUAGGCCCAAGCUUCAAUCUAAUCACAACAAUUAUUGGAUUUGUUCUGAGUGCAGCUUUUAUUGUCUUUGUCUUCACAAGACUGAUAUGUGUGAGGCUACGCUCGAUUGAGGCUCGUCAAUUGUUAGAAGUCGGCUCACUGGAGCUGGCAAGAUGUGAGAUUAUUAACGGCAUUGAACCAGCCGUAGUCGAUUCAAUCCCGAGAGAAAAGUUCGAUUAUGAAGCAUUCGGUUCGAGGGGAGAUUCACAAUGCACAAUAUGCUUGGUAGAGUAUGAAGAGAGGGAAUCCCUUGGAAUAAUACCGAUAUGCGGCCAUAGUUUUCAUCUUUCGUGCAUCGAUGCAUGGCUUUCGAAACGAUCGACUUGUCCAAUUUGUCGUCUUUCAGUACAACAAGAUGUCUGAACAAAACGUGCGUUUUCAACAUGAGUUUUUUUGUUGCUUUCUUCAUAUGCAAUAACGAGUCUGGCUCGG